AUGUCUUCUCCUGUCAGAGGAGAGAGCCCAACUCUGACGUCGCCGUCCUCCACUCGCAGCAUCACCAGUUACAGCUUGUACACUGAUGAUAUUCCCUCCCCCCGCACCACCUCCUACGUUGUCAGUACCAAGCCCAGUGAGGACUACAGCAGCGACGAUAAAACCUACUCUUACUCCAGACAGGACUCCAGCUAUGAGUACACCAGUAUCACCAGUCCCACUGCUUACACCGCAUCAUCAUACAGGAGCAGCAGGAGGUCAGAUGACACUCUGAUAGAUCCAAUCUACUCCAAAUACUCCAUGAAGAGUGUAUAUGCAUCCCCUGAGAGGACGGUGCUUGAGAAAGACCUGUGCACCUACUGCCAUAAGCCCUUCGUUGGUGAUGCCAAGAUGGUCCUGGACGACUUGAAGAUCAACUGCCAUGCUUCCUGCUUCAAAUGUGAGGUGUGUAACAGCACUCUGGGUCAUCUGAAAGCCGGGGACAGCAUGUGGAUCUACAAACACAUGGUGCACUGUGAAAACUGCUUUGAGGUCACCAGAGAUAAAUGGCGACGCUGA